AUGGACAAUGAAAAACUUGAAAGUCUAAAGCCGAAAAUAAAUGAUUUAUUUGUUGGAAUCUUGGAAACAGCUAAACGUGAUAAAAUGAAUACCCGAAUAAAAACUUUAGAAAUAGUUGUUGAUUUUGUUACCGAAAAUUGCAUCAG